AGCUGAAGGUAAGAAAAAUCUGCCUUUGAUUCCUAGAAUCAGAAAGGAAAUGGAAUAGCAACUAAGGAGCUGAAAGGAGAAGCCAAAACUGAGAAAUAACUUGAAAAUGGAUCUGUCAUCUCAAGGCUCACCAGUAACCAUUAUAGAAACCAUUGCCUCACAGCUUGCGUGCAGUCCAGGAGAUAAGAAACUUGCUUUGCACUUAGACGAAGAGGAUGAACUAAAACACCUCCGUGAAUGUUUCCAUAUUCCCAAAAUGAAGGAUCUGCCUCCAACUGAUCCAGUUUUAGUGAAUGAAAAUGAAGACUGCAUCUACUUUGCUGGUAACUCUCUUGGCCUUCAGCCAAAGAAAAUUAAAACUUACUUGGAAGAAGAACUUGACAAAUGGUCUAAAAUGGGCGUUCAUGGUCAUUUCAAUGGUAAGCGACCUUGGGCUUUAGGAGAUGAAUGCAUCGUGGAGCUUAUGGCUGAUAUUGUGGGGGCUCGUAAAGAAGAGAUAGCAUUAAUGAACGGCUUGACAGUUAAUCUACAUCUCCUAAUGUUAACAUUCUUUAAACCUACAUCAGAUCGCUAUAAAAUCCUUCUGGAAUCCAAAGCUUUUCCUUCUGACCAUUAUGCUGUUGAGUCUCAACUCCAACUUCAUGGGCUUGAUCUGGAGAAGAGUAUGCUUAUGAUAAAACCACGAAAGGGAGAGGAGACCUUGAGAACUGAAGAUAUCCUUGCUGUAAUCGAGAAAGAAGGGGACUCUAUUGCCACAAUUUUGUUCAGUGGUGUGCAGUACUACACAGGACAGCUGUUUGACAUCCCCACAAUUACGAAGGCUGGUCAACAGAAGGGUUGCUUUGUUGGAUUUGACCUGGCUCAUGCUGUUGGCAACACAGAAUUGUAUUUACAUGACUGGGGAGUAGACUUUGCCUGCUGGUGUUCCUAUAAGUACCUGAAUUCAGGAGCCGGAGGUCUAGCUGGUGCUUACAUUCAUGAAAAACACUUCCAGACCGCAAAACCAGUGCUAAUAGGAUGGUGGGGUCAUGACUUCAAAACCAGGUUUCUCAUGGAAAACACAUUGCAGCUGACUCCUGGAAUAAAUGGAUUUCGCUUAUCAAACCCUUCCAUUUUGUUGGUGUGUGCUCUUCAUGCAAGUUUAGAGGUCUUUGGUAAAACUACAAUGAAACUUCUGAGAAGAAAAUCUACUCUUCUUACUGGUUACUUGGAAUACUUGAUAAAGCAUUACUACAGUGAAGAUAUAAAUGACCCUGAGAAGCCUUUUGUAAAAAUAAUCACACCUCCUCAAAUGGAGGAAAGAGGAUGCCAGCUCACAGUGGCUUUCUCUCUUCCAAUUAAAGCUGUGUUUAAAGAAUUAGAAAAAAGAGGAGUCGCUUGCGACAUGCGGGAACCCAAUGCUCUCCGCAUUGCUCCUGUUCCUCUCUACAAUUCAUUCCGUGAUGUGCACAGAUUUAUUGAAAUUUUGGGAUCUUCAAUUGUAUCAGCAAAGCAAAGAGAAAACACUAAAGUCCUUCCCUGAGUUUAUUGUGGGGCCUCUUCAGCUUCUUUCCCUCUCCCUUUGGAUUUCUGCUUUUAGACAGGCAAAAAGCCCAUCAACAAAAGUGUGAACUAAGGAGGCAAAACAGCUUCCAUGCGAUGACUGCAAGGCUUCGAAGUUGGGGUGGCGGGAGGGUCACCAUCCUCACUAUAGGAUUGUAUCCUAAUUGUAUUUCUAACAAGGUGUCAUCCAUGCUUUUGAUCAUUCCUUCCUUUCUACUAGAAUGGAUAUAUUCUGGUGAUUCCACCCAUACAUCAUUUACAAUGUGCUUCAUAUUAAAACUAGUCUUUCCACUGAUUUGGACUCCAGAAGUUAAUGAGCUUUAUGUAUUUUAUGUAGGGGUGUUCUUUAGCAUUCUAGAUACUUUAUCUGGAAAUAGUUUUACUUCUUAUGGCAAACUGAAAGGAGACAAUUGCAAACUUCAAAAUAUCUUUUCACUGUAUCA